AUGCCGCGCAAAUCCAUUGAAAAUUCAAAUGCAAGUUUGCUAAAAUUCUUUUCACCUGUUCGGAAAGAUACCACUAAAAAUGACAAGCCAGAUUGUGCCAUUUUACAAGUCACCAGUAGUGCUCCUUUUAAUACGUAUUUUCUUCCUUUCAAUGUAACGAAAACCAUGACCAUGGCCCCAGUAAAUCGCUUCCAGCAUCCUGUAGCACCGAAUUUUGCUGAAAUGGUAUUUGGAAACACGCGCAAUAACGAUUCAAAUUCAGAGAAUCUGUUAUGUAAUCCUUCAAUACCACAAAAAACCAAAGAAUCUGAGAAAUAUAUCAGAGAAUUUUUAUCAACUGUGCGACCGGAACUUCUUAAAAAACGUGGUACGAAAACAUUGGUGUCGGCUAAAGAAAUAAUUCUGCAAACAAAUCAUGAACCUCUCAAAAUGGAUAUUGAUGAUGAUAAUAAUAAUGGAUGUGAAAGCAUGGAUUGGUCUAUCCGUAGUGGAACCGCGACAAAAGAAUGUAGUUUUGUAUCUGUUUCAGAAAUGCCUGUAGAUGAUCUAUCGUCAUUAUUCAGAGACAAGAAAAAAAUUUGGAUGAAAUUGCUGCAAUUUGAAGAAAAUUAUCGUCCUCCAUAUUACGGUAUUGAUGACGAUGGCUGGAUUGUACCUACGGGUUACCUAUCUGAAGACGAAAUGAUUGAAGAAGCUGAUGAAUCUGCGUCUGUUACUUCUUCUGAAUCAUCACCUUUUAUUAAAAAAAGAGCCGGAAACUACAAAGAAUAUAAUCAGGCAAUAAUUGAACCAUCGCGUCCGUUAAUUAUCGGUCCCAUAUUAGAGGAAAGUCCUGGUGAUAGUAAUCACCAAUUGGCUGAAUAUAGUAUUAAAUUCCUAAAUGCGAAUAUUAUCUUGCCGUAUAACCCUUUUGCUGUUCCAAUAACUAAUAAACGCAAGGCAAAAGAUUCAAACAUUGAAGAUACUUAUGAUAAAGAGCAAUUACCUAAUAAAUCUCGGAGUAAAGGAAAGUCGAAUCAAAAGAACAAAGAUCAAGUUAAAAGUAAUGAGGUGAAGCCGACCGCAAAUAUUGUUAAUGAUAAUGUAAUGGUAACAUUUAAUUGCACUAGUUGA